AUGGCUGCUCCGCGAGCAUACAAUAACCCGGGCCCCGGCUACUUUCAGAACGGUGCUGGUGGUCUUCCUCCCACUGGUGCUGCACCACUUUUGCCCAACCAGGGCCGUGUCCUUCAAACCGGUCCUCUAAGAGUUCUGUGUAUUGCCGAUGUUCGAGGAAAUCUGAGAUCACUCAAUGAUCUUGCGAAACAAGCCCGAGCUGACCAUAUCAUCCACACCGGUGAUUUUGGUUUCUACGACGACACUUCCCUGGAACGAAUCGCCGAGAAGACGCUUAAGCAUGUUGCUCAGUAUUCGCCCCUGAUUUCCGAGCCCGUAAAGAAGGCUAUUCAACAAGGAGGACCAGGCCCCGUGAAGUCCCGAUUUCCGCCAAAUGAGCUUCCUCUCUCGGAGCUGCCUCUCCUUAUCAGCGGUGAGGUCAAGCUUGAUGUUCCCGUCUAUACCGUCUGGGGCGCUUGCGAAGAUGUCCGAGUACUAGAGAAGUUCCGAACCGGCGAGUACAAGGUCCCAAACCUGCACAUCAUCGACGAGGCUCGAUCAAUGCUACUAGAGGUUGGCGGUGUCAAGUUGCGACUACUUGGUCUUGGUGGUGCUGUUGUCAUGCACAAGCUUUUUGACAAUGGCGAAGGCCGGACUACCAUUGCUGGUGGUCAGGGUACUAUGUGGACAACUCUCCUGCAAAUGGGUGAGCUUGUCGACACGGCGCACCGAGUUUACGAUCCUACCGAAACCCGCAUCUUUAUCACACAUGCGUCCCCUGCUCGUGAGGGCAUCUUGAAUCAACUCUCAGUAACCCUGAAGGCCGACUUCUCUAUCUCUGCCGGACUCCACUUCCGAUAUGGAAGCUCUUACAAUGAGUUCAGCGUCAACCCUACUCUCGACCAUUACCGUGGCAAGCUUGCUGCCUCCAAGGCUUCCUUUAACGAUGUUUGGGAGACCGUCAAGAGUGAGGUGGAGCCUGCCAUCCAACAGAAUGAGGCCCAACAGAAUCUUCUGAAGAAUGCCCUGCAACUCGUCGAGAAGAUGCCAACCACCGCUGCUGGUGGCAACCCCUUUGGCGGCCCGGUUGCUGGCCAGGCUUCCCUCGGACAAGUCGACGAGAGUGCCUUCAAGAAUAUGUGGAACUUUAACCUUGCUGAUGCGGCUUUUGGCUACCUGGUUCUCGAGAUUCAGGAUGGCCGUAUUGGUACUGAGAUGCGUGCUCAGGGCUUCAACUUCUCUCACCGUGGCGCCAAGCAGCAGCCCGGAAUUCCUCCCACCACAGCUGGUCCAGCUGGUAUUCCUUCUCCUGCCCCUCCCUCGACCCAGUCCAGUGUCCCCCCUCCUACCAGCCGACAGCCUUCAACAGCCCAGGCUGCUAAGCCUGCUGUCGCAACUCCUCUGCCCGGCCCUCCCAAG